AUGAGAAAACACAAUGAACAAUCGUAUAAAAAUGACAGAUUCGAAAUUCAAAUUAACAUUCUCAAUUUCAGAUUAAAUUCGUCCGAAGCAAGCGGCGCUAAAGCUGAACUAAAUCGUCCAGACCAACCCAAAAAGUUGACGGUGCCUAUAGCUUCUCUGGACCAUGAUUUGAACAGUGAUGAGCUCCUGUUUGCUGUUGAUACAUCCACACCAGCCGCCGAGCUGACGUGGUCGUGUUCCCGCUGCACGCUGGUGAACGAAGCGAGCGCCAGCGCGUGCGCCGCCUGCGCGGGCUCCAAACCCACUGCGCAGAGCUUCUGGUCGUGUAGCUCAUGUACACUCCGCAAUCCCAUGUCUGCGAAUCUCUGCUUGGCUUGCAAGACGCCGCCCGUGCCCAAACACGCGGUGCCAACUGACAACCACGUGGCGGCCGCGGGGCGAAGUCCUUCGCCUAGACGCGGGGCCCGCGGUACUCCGGCCUUGCCUCGCCGCGGCUCAAGACAUAAAACACCACCGCCUGAUGCCAAACCAGAAACAACAGAGUGGCCGUGCUCCGAAUGCACGUACAUGAACAGUGCGAGCGCCAUCUCGUGCGAGAUGUGUCAGUCGCCCAAAACUCGGUUAUUGCCAGCCGCCCCGGACCAGCCCAGUUUGGAUGAUGAUGAUUCACCAGAGGGUUCGGACGGAGAGAGGCAGGAAAGCACUCCGAUGGAAAUAUUGCGGUUGAGGGAAGAGAGUCACGCUUGGACGCAGUGGCAAGAGGUGUUGGCGCAAUGUGCUGCGACAGGCGAGAUGUACGUGGACGAAUCGUUCCCAGCGUCCGCGCGUUCCCUCUACUACAAUGGCGCUGGUGAGAGCGGUGCGGCGGCGCGGUGGCUUCGCCCUCACCAGAUACACGUGGACGCGGACCACAGGUUGCCCUGGGCUGUGUUCCGGGACCCGAGACCGUCGGAUAUAUCACAAGGCGUGCUCGGCAACUGCUGGCUGCUGUCGGCGCUGGCCGUGCUGGCGGAGCGGUCGGCGCUGGUGCGCAGCGUGGUGGUGCGCGCCGAGCCCGAGCGCGGCGCCUACCAGCUGCGCCUGUGCAAGGACGGCCGCUGGCUCACGCUCACCCUCGACGAUCAGCUGCCCUGCAACAAGAAGGGCCACCUGGUGUACUCGCAGGCAAAAAGAAAGCAACUCUGGGUUCCGUUAAUAGAGAAAGCGGUCGCUAAAUUACACGGAUGUUAUGAAGCCCUCGUGUCUGGAAGAGCAAUAGAAGGUCUGUGCACGCUGACGGGCGCGCCGUGCGAGUCGGUGUCGCUGCAGGCGGGCGGCGCGGGCGGCGCGGGCGGCGCGGCGGGCGGCGCGCCGCUCGAGCAGCUCGACCGCGACCUCGUGUGGGCGCAGCUGCUGUCCUCGCGCCAGGCCUGCUUCCUCAUGGGCGCCAGCUGCGGCGGCGGCAACAUGAAGGUGGACGAGGAGGAGUACCAGCGGCUGGGGCUGCGGCCGCGGCACGCGUACUCGGUGCUGGACGUGGUGGAGCUGACGGACAGCCACCCGCCGGUGCGGCUGCUGCGCCUGCGCAACCCGUGGGGGCACUACACGUGGCGCGGCGCGGCCGCGUGGCCCGAGCUGCUGCGGCGCCAGCUGCCCGCCUGCAGCGCCGACCGGGACCAGGGCGUCUUCUGGAUCAGCUUCGAGGACGUGCUGCGAUACUUCGACUGCAUCGACAUAUGCAAGGUGCGAGCCGGCUGGCACGAGGUGCGGCUGGCCGGCAUCUUGCCGCCCAUGUCCUCCACGCGGCACCUCACCUGUCUGCUGCUAACCGCCACACAACCCACCGAAGUGGAUUUCACACUAUUCCAGGAAGGCCAGAGAAACUCAGCGAAAAGUCAACGUUCGCAACUCGAUCUAUGCGUUGUGGUGUUCAGAACGAAAUCCGGCCCGAGCGCACAGGUCGGCAAACUUGUUGCGCACAGCAAGCGACAGGUACGCGGUUUCGUCGGCUGCCACAAGAUGCUCGAAAAGGGAUUUUACCUGGUCGUCUGCCUGGCCUUCAACCACUGGCACACCGGCCUCGAGCUCGCCGACAGCUCGGCCUGGCCCCGCCACGUGCUCGCCGCACAUUCCUCCAAACCACUUGCUGUUGAGAGACCUUCGCUGCAUCCGCACAUACUGGCGGAUGCGAUCAUAGGCCUCACCCUGGCGAGGGGACAGAGGCACGAGGGCAGGCAAGGCAUGACGGCGUACUAUUUGACCAAGUCAAAGAAGACCUAA